GCGACCGUCUUCUCUUUAGCUGGGAGCGCAUCUGUGGUGCUUCAGACGACCUUUCUUCAUCUCUUUACCAAAGAUACGUCUAAAUGCAUUUAGGACCAGAAUCUGUAGCUGCCAGCAUCUUUUUCAAAGAGAUUGAGCUACAUUCAAAAGGCAAACCGUUAUGUAAUUUGUAAAGAUUAAAUAGGGACCCAUCCAGGAGGAGACGUGCCUGUGUGAAGCACAGCUCCGUCACCAAUUCAAGUAAACUCUUCAGCAACAGGCCACGUUGGACCCAGCAACUUCACAGGCUUAAAAUGCCAUUUUUUGGCUGGAUGAAAUGGCCAAAAUAUGAUUCCUACAAAUCCACACACUACCCUGACUCAGACGUAGUGACAAAGACUCUGCUUCGGGAAUUAAAGUGGCAUCUGAAGGAACGAGAGAGACUGAUUCAAGAGAUCGAAAAUGAGGAAAAAGUGAAAAAAACAGGUGUGGAUUACAACUGGCUGAGAAGCUACCAGAGUCCCCAUGCAGCCAUUCCAGCUACUGAACAAAGACAGCUCGAAGUUCUCUGCUCACAGGUUCAACCUUGUCAAACGGGAACUGUUCUCAGCAGAUUUCGAGAAGUCCUGGCAGAAAACGAUGUCCUGCCGUGGGAAAUCGUCUACAUCUUCAAGCAGGUUCUGCGAGACUUCCUGAGCAGUGCGGACAGGGCCAGCCCGCAGGAGGGCCCCGAGGGGGGCCCGAGCACAGCGCGCCCCGGGCUCUCCGGCACCCCAGGGGGCGGCCCCGAGGGGCCAGACAAGGACGAAAUCCCCACCAUCUCAAGUUACGUAGACAGAAACACAAAGAAUAGGUUCCCAACACUCUCACAUCGAAUAUGGAACCUACCGUAUUACUACCCAUCAAGUUAAGUUACCUAUAACCAGAGAGAAGAGUUUUUUUGUGACCAUCUUAGCAUCAGAACUCUUAACAUUAAGAGAAAGUGAUGUGACUUAGUGUUACUGUUUGUUGCAAGAUCAGAAGCUAAAAUUUAUGUGAUGUAGCCAGUAUUUGAAAUAGCAUCCCUUUUUUAGCCACUUUUAAAAUGCAAUGUUUUCACUGAAUAGUACGCUUUUAACUAAAAUGUUUCCUAAAUAUUUUGAAAAAAACGUUUGAAGUAUUUUCUUAUACCUCAAACACAACUCAUAGGAACUAAGACUUAUUUUGAAAUUUGAAAUAUGAAAUUUAUAUGAAAGUAUGAAGUAUGAAAUUUGACAAAUUAACUUUGACGUUAACUUUGACUUUUAUUCUAAAAGGAAGCUAUGUAUUGAAUAAAAUAAAUGAUUACUGUGAAUCUUA